AUGUAUCCCUCCCCGUCACCUUCCCCGGCCCCUUCGCCUCCAGCAUUCCUCUACCUCAACAACCACCACCACCAGUCCGGUAGCCAUGGAGGUGGUCCCAUCUCGGGUGCUGGCGGCCAAGGCUCCGCCCAGAACAACGGCUACAAUGGCGGCUCCUUCACUCCAGUAGGCAGGUUCCCCAUGCCCUCGGGUGCAUGGCCUCAGCGCGGCCAUCAGCAUCCUCACCACUCGCACCAGCAGAACCCUUCGCUCUCCUCCUUGCCCGGCUCCAUCGGCCACUCGAGCGCCGCUUCCAUCUCCGGUGCAGGUCCCUCUUCUCCUGGAUAUUCUAGCCUCGGUGCACACCACCACCACCAUCACGGCGCACACGGUCCCUCGGGUCUUUCGCAUAUGACCUCGCCCGGUGGCAUGCAUUCGGGCCACCUGAGCAACUCGGCAAGUCGUACAGAAGCUGCGGCUGCUGCAGCUGCUGCCGCUGCCGCCUCCGGCUCGCCUCACUGGCAACAGCAGAUCGUCAAGGCCGAGAUCUCGCGCCAGUCCAAUUCACCCCACCACCACGCACGUGCCGCCGCACUCGCCGCGCGCUCCGCCACCAGCUCCGCCAUCGCCAUCCAAGACCCUUCCAAGGGCAUUGUGCCGCCUCAGGUCGCUGCCAACGGUCUCUUUGUUGCCAAGAAGGAUUCCAGCUCCACCAACGGAGGUGGAGGUGACGACGGAAAGGGAAGCGGUGCCGACGCUGCUGCUACUGGUUCGGCCACACCUAACGGCGCAACCUCGACCUCUUCCAACUCAGCCGGUGCAGGCAGUGGAGCGACCAAGGACAAGCAGACGUGGUCCACCAUCGACAUGGGCGGUCUUGCACUCAAGAACAUCGCCAACGAGGUCUACCGCUACUCGUUCCUCACGUCGCUCUUUAUCAACCACAACGCGCUCACCACCAUUUCUGCCGACAUUGUCAAGCUUCGUCACCUCACUGUGCUCGACGCUUCGGGCAACAAGCUCGCCGCGGUGCCACCAGAGCUGGGCAUGCUCACCAGCCUCCGCGAGCUGUUCCUGUUCGACAACAACCUCACCACGCUUCCACCGGAGCUCGGCACGUUGCAUCAGCUCGAGAUGCUCGGUGUCGAGGGUAACCCGAUGCAGGACAACCUGCGCACGCUGCUGCAGCGCGAGGGGACUGGUGCCGUCAUUGCCUACUUGCGCGACUCGUGCCCCGUGCCGCUGCCGCCUCCAGAGCGCGAGUGGAUCAUGAUCGACCCAGACCUGCCGGACUUUGACGCGGACAAGGACGCCAACGAGACGACGCAAGAGUCGUUCAACGCGCUCUCGUACAACAUCCUCUUCGAUCGAUAUGCUACACCACAGAUGUACGGCUACACACCCUCGUGGGCGCUAGCGUGGGACUACCGCAAGGAAUUUAUCCUGCAAGAAGUCAUGUCGUACAGCGCCGACAUCUGCUGUUUGCAAGAAGUUGGCGUCGAGCAGUACGAGGAUUACUUCCUCCACCACCUCUCGCAGCAGGAAUACGAGGGCGUCUUCUACCCGAAAUCGCGCGCACGCACCAUGCGAGACGAGGAGAAGCGCCGUGUCGACGGAUGUGCCAUCUUCUUCAAGUCAAACAAGUGGCAGCUGAUCGAGAAGCAGCUGGUCGAGUUCAACCAGAUUGCGCUGCAGCGUCCCGACUUGAAGAAUUCGGAAGACAUGUACAACCGUGUCAUGACCAAGGACAACAUUGCGGUGAUUGCGCUGCUCGAGAACCGGCUGUCGGGGUCGCGCUUGGUGGUGGCCAAUGUGCACACGCACUGGGAUCCGCAGUUCCGCGAUGUCAAGCUCGUCCAAGUCGCCAUGUUGAUGGAUGAAGUCGAAAAGGCAGGGGCACGCUUCGCCAAGCUUCCGGCCAAGCCGAGUGUGGCAGAGGGCUACCCUCCGCCGCCCAAGUACACUCACGCCAACCAGAUCCCCACCAUCAUCUGCGGCGACUUCAACAGCGUUCCCGAAACGGGCGUGUACGACUUCCUCUCGAACGGCGCUGUCCCGGGAGACCACGAGGAUUUCAUGGACCACGUCUACGGCAAUUACACCGCUCAAGGCUUGCAGCAUAGCUACAAGCUCGAGUCGUCGUAUUUGCCGAUUGGCGAGCUACCGUUUACCAACUACACUCCCGGCUACGAGGGUGCAAUCGACUACAUCUUCUACAGCAAGAACACGCUCAGUGUCACGGGCGUGCUGGGCGAGAUCGACAAGCAGUACCUGUCCAAGGUCGUCGGUUUCCCCAAUGCGCAUUUCCCAAGCGACCAUAUUUGCAUUAUGAGCGAGUUCAAUGUCAAGAGGUCGCGUGGCGAGGACAAGGCGACGUCGACGGCGAGGGAGGUGCAGCAUUCUGGGUUUGGUGGCGGUGGGGCGGCAAGGAGGUAA